ACAUAAACUGCUCUGUUUCUCUGUUCCACAGGAUGGCGCCUUAUUACCUGGUGGUGUUUGCCUGCCUCUUGAGCUUUGCUACUUCCCACCCACGUCAUGGAAACUUGGCUGGGAAUAUUCGGGCUACUCAGUCCAGCCUUGCAGACUUUCUGGGGGAUGCAGGGAACGCAAUUGAUGGAAAUGACAUGACUGAUCCCACUAAGGGAUCCUGCAGCCGUACCAGAGUGGAAUCCUCCCCUUGGUGGAGACUGGAUUUCCAAUACCAUUACCGGGUCUAUAAAGUCAAAAUUACCACCAGCUCAGACAAAGCUUUGGAAGGAGCAAACAUUCACAUUGGAGACUGUUUAAAAAACAAUGGAACCAACAAUAAAGUCUGUGCGAACAACGUCUCAAUCCCAGCGGGAGAGAGUAAAUUGAUUAACUGCGGAGGCAUCGGAGUGCAUGGUGUGUUUUUGACCAUCACAAUCCCAGGAAAUGAAAAAUGCAUUUCGCUGUGUGAGGUGGAAGCUUAUGGAACCCAUGAGCCACACAGCGACAUAGAGUAAGUAUUCAUCAUCAGAAUCUAACUCCCUGAUC